AAUGUGGGUGCUUCGGACACUAAGGUCGGACAACAUAUACUACAACAAGAUGGCCGACCCGAAGUAUGCAAAUCUGCCUGGAAUUGAUCUCAACUCGCCUGAUGUUUAUGAGACUGAGGAUCUACCAGAGGAAGACCAACCAACUAUUAAAGACCAGGUGACUGCAGAUGACAGUGCUGUUGAAAAGAUACCGCUUGACACAAAAACUGCAUUCAGUACUUUUAAGGGAAAAGUUGUUGAUUCUUCUGGUUUAGACUUUUCAGAUCGUAUUAGCAAAACACGUCGUACUGGCUAUGCUGUAGGCCAAGAUGAAUAUGAAAUGUUGGAACAUGGAUCAAGAACUGCCGAGACUCCUCAACAGAAAUAUCAGCGACUUCAACACGAGAUUAGAGAACUGGCAGAAGAAGUCAGUGAAAUAAAGGACAACAUAAAGGAUGAGAAGUCAAGUGAGAACCUGUCACCUGUUGCCAUGGGAAAACAAGUGGAGUACCUAAAGCAUCAGCUGGCUGACCUUCACCUUGAAAAACUGCUAGGACCUGAGGCAUCUGUUGACCUGGCUGAUCCACAAGGUGCCAUUAAAAAGAGACUACUCACCCAGUUAGAUGCAUACAAACCAUCUCAAGGAGAAAAAACAAAGCCUCCUGGGAAGGGAGAUCACGUGUUGUAUGAACUGUAUUACAAACCAGAACAAGCGCAGUUUAGUAAGAAUGCUCGGCUUGCCAGUUUGGAAGAGAGACUUGAUAGGUUAGCUGCAGUUAUAGGACAAAACACGGGCAAAAUGGGAAUGUUAACCACUGACACUGAAAACAAGAGUCUUGUGGGAGCGAUGAGUGUUCUCAACACGAAGCUGUCACUACUGGAUCCUGCUAACAUAGAGCAGGUGGAGACCAGAUUACAGGGGGUGCUGCACAAACUGGGACAGAUCGCUGAGAAGAAACCGGUUCAGGAGGAUGUUGAUAAAGAGGGCAAGAUCUCCGAGUUGUACGAGCUAGUUAAGAAAUGGGAGGCUGUUGUCGACACUCUUCCCGACGUCGUCACUCGUCUGACCGCUCUCAAGGACCUUCAUGACCAAGCUCUACAGUUCAGCCAGUCACUGUCACACCUGAACGUAGCCCAGCAGGAGGUUGCCAGCAGUCUACAGAACCACGGAGACAUGCUGAAAGAGCUCCAGACAUCAUUCAAAGACAACACACAUGCCAUCAAGGAAAACUGUACCAGCAUGGAAACAAGGCUGAAAGCUUUGAAAAAAUCUUGAUACAUCAAGACAUAGACAACAGUGUUCCUUACCUUAUUUAUUCCUUGGGAUGACAAACAAUAACAGCAUCGUCACAUUUUUACAACUAUAAACGAGUAUCCAACCAUGCUUAUUACAAUUUUGCUUUUGGGUCGGUACAACAUUCUUGAUGGUGAUAGCUUUUUUUGGUCAACUAUUUAUUUUGUCUUUUCUUACAAUACUAUUAAAAAAUGUUGUAAGGAUUAUGACAGUUACAUCUACCGUAUGUAAUAAGAUCAUGAUAAUUAGGUCAGUCUGCAUUUCACAUAGAAAUAGUCUUUAACUAAUCUUGUUUAUGGUUUUAUUUGUGCUUCUUUUGAACUGGUAAUGAUGUUGAAAGUAAUACUAGUUUUAUGUCUUCAUUCCAAGCUUGACAUGACAAAUUAAUAUGACAUAUGUUUAUAUGUAUUUUGGGAUAGUCUACUUAAAAGUUAAAGGUCGAUUAGAGAAAUAAAAAUGUUCACAUAUUGAUGUAUCAGAAUUUGUUUAUAAUCUUUUUGUAAGAUUGACUGUAUUUUUUGUUCAUUUAUUUCAUGUUAACUUGAUUUUUGUCUUCAUAUCCCAUUAAAAUUUAAUCAUGCUGCCAUGGGCACACACUUCAGCUAUAUGUGCUAUCUGUAAAUGGUUAUUUAGUAGUGGGUGAUGGAGUUGAACACCUUCCAUUCGAGCCAUUUAAAUUCAGUCUGGGUGAGAGAUGGUACUGGGUUCAGACCAGCCUCAGUCAGUUGCUAAACCAUUAUGCCACUAAGGCCACCUUAGAUGGUAACUCCUAAUAAGCAUUUAUAUGCUGUUAACAAACACAUUUGGUGAUAGAUAAAAGUCGAGUUCAGUAUAGAUGUAGGUCAUAGUAUGAAAUGGAAAAAUUUAAGUAUGGGCUUAGGUCACGUGCCUGCAUAUUAUACAUGACAGUUGUCGAUAUUAAAUAUUUUUUUUUUACAAAGGAACUGUUAAGAUCUGUCCUGGUUAGAGAAUCGAGUUUAUUGCAAGUAAAGUUCUCAGACCUGUAUGCAGAAUGGUACAUGCAUUUUUAAAGAGGUGAUCCGUCCCAUAUUGGCAGAGAUGGGCAAAUCCUAAAGGAUAGUGCUAUGCUAAAACUCCUACAGUCCUUGUUCUUUGAUGAAAAGCUUGCAGUAACUUUUUUUAAGCUUAAUUUCUUUAUUUUAUAUUCAGUAAUAUUUGUUCUUUGUACGAGGGUGAUGGUUCUAAAUUGCUUUCAGAUAUCUACAUUGAAACUUGCAAAAAGUAAAUCUUAUCUAGUGUUGGUAUAGACUUGAUUAAAAGGUUAACUUUAUCAUAAAAUUAUUAACAUUCUUGAUAAAUUUUCUGUAUACAACUGCAGUGGGAAAAAAAAAUCAAACAAUUAUAUUUGUCACUAUCCAUGUCCUGGUAUUUGAAUAUAACUUGGCAAAACAUUUUGUCUGGGUUUUUUUCUUUAUUACAAAGUGAACCUUUUACAUGCAGCCCUGCUUUCAAAUUAAUAAUUCAUGUUGUGAUUUUAUGUAUGAUCAUUUAUCAGUUUUCCUUUUAUGCAUCUAGGCAUGCAUAUACAUAUUAAAGUCUACUGUGCAAUAAUAAAAAAAAGAUUACUGCAA